UUUUGGCUAACAGCUGGUUUAGGCGGCUUUAUUUUGCAAUUUCAUUUCGCACAAAUUCAUCAAUGAAAAUGCUGAAAUAUGCGUUGCAAAUUAGCCCCAAUCAAAGAAAAAGGUUCCUACGGCACCUUUCUAGUCAAAUCUGGAAGCGUAGUUACAGCAGCAAGAUCAGGAACAUUGGAAUACUGGCGCACAUUGACGCGGGCAAAACUACGACCACGGAACGCAUGCUGUUUUAUGCGGGUAAAACGCGGGCUUUGGGCGAAGUGCACCGCGGCAACACGGUGACCGAUUACCUAACCCAGGAGCGGGAGCGGGGCAUUACCAUCUGCAGCUCGGCGGUCACAUUCCCUUGGAACAAUCACCGCAUCAACUUGCUGGACACACCAGGUCACAUUGACUUCACCAUGGAGGUGGAGCAGUCACUGUACGCCGUGGACGGCGUGGUGGUUGUUCUAGAUGGCACCGCCGGCGUCGAGGCCCAAACAGUCACUGUGUGGACGCAGGCGGACAAGCACAAGCUUCCACGGCUCAUAUUUGUUAACAAAAUGGAUCGUCCCGAUGCAGAUUUCGAAAAAUGCGUCAGGGAUCUAAAGGACAAGCUGGAAACUCAGCCAGUUUGCUUGCAGUAUCCCGUAAAAAAUGAAGAUGGAGUACUGGCCAUCAAUGAUGUGAUCACCCUGGAGCAGCUCAUUUGGCAGCAAAAGGAUUUAGGACGCAGUUACAAGAAUAUAAAACUAGAACCGUCGGAUAACUUGCGUCAACUGCAGGAAAAGCGCAAUGAACUGAUUGAUCAUUUGUCGGGAUUGGAUGACGAACUGGCCGAUGUGGUCAUCAGCACUGAGAGCUUUGACAAGGUGGACAACGCUCUGAUCAAAAGGGCGCUACGACGGGCUACUAGUCAGCAAAAAGUGGUGCCUGUUCUCCUCGGCUCUGCCUACAAAAACGUUGGAAUCCAACGUCUGAUGGACGCUGUAAAUGCAUACUUGCCUGCUCCGGAAGAGCGCAACCAGAUCUACGACUGCUUCGGAACUGAGGUGGCUGGCAAGGUCUUUAAGAUUGUGCAUGACAAACAACGUGGGGCUUUGACCCUCGUGCGCAUUCUAAGGGGCGAGAUAAAGCGGGGGAUGCGUUUAAUAUCCGCUCGGGGCCAGGCCGAAGUAGUUUCCAAGCUGUAUGAGCCAUUGGCCGACGAAUAUCGAGAAGUCAGUGCUGUGCAGUCGGGCGAUGUGGUGAUAUGUGCAGGUCUGAAGUCAACGGUGACGGGAGAUCUGCUUACCUCCAGCCAGUCAGCCCUAAGGAAUGCGCAGAAGCGUUUAAAGCAAAGCCUGGGUGGAGCUGCUACAACAACAACAAAUGAGGAAGACGAUGAGGUGGAUGAGUCAGAAGAGCUGUUUGCAAUUGAUCCGCAGAUACCUGAUGCCGUCUACUUCUGUUCCAUCGAACCCCCCAGCGUAUCCGCGCAAACGGCCAUGGACCAUGCACUUAAACAAUUGCAGCGGGAGGAUCCCAGCCUGCGCGUGAGCUACGACUCCGUCACAGGACAGACAGUCCUCGGCGGAAUGGGAGAACUGCACAUGGACAUCAUCAAGUCGCGCAUUCUGAGCGAGUACAAAAUCGAUGUGGAUCUGGGGCCCUUGCAAAUUGCCUACAAGGAGACCAUCGAAAAUCCAGCAUUAACCACGCUCAGUGUGGAGAAAGAAAUUGCUGGCAGCAAGCAGAGUGCAAGCAUCACUCUAGAGUUGGUCAAGAAUCAAAAUGAAUUGUUUAGUUUAGACAAGUCGCCAGAGAAUUUGCAAAACCUCAACACGCUUCGACCACGCAUUUUGCAAGUCCUUCGAAAGGGAUCAAUUAGCGCUCUCGAGCGUGGACCUCGUGUAGGUGGUCAAGUGGUGGAGACUCAGAUUCGACUUCACAAUGCCACAAUUGGCCGUGGCACCGCUGACUCCUUUGUCAUGGCCACGGCAGCUCAGUGUGUGCAAAAGCUGCUAAGCACGAGUGGAACCCGCCUAUUGGAACCCAUCAUGGCCCUGCAAAUCGUCGCGCCCAGUGAACGCAUCUCGGGCAUUAUAGCCGAUCUUUCCCGACGACGAGCCCUGAUCAACGAUGUCCUGCCGAAGGGUGAAAGAAACAAGAUGAUCCUCGUGAAUGCCCCCCUAGCCGAGCUCUCUGGUUACUCGAGUGUUCUACGGACCAUAAGUUCUGGCACAGCCAGCAUGACGAUGCAGCCGUGCGGCUUCUCCUCAAUGAACUCUGUAGACGAAUCGCUGGCGGAGCGGAGGGCGCAGGGCCUUGAAUGAUUCGCAGUGCACCCCAAGCUGUUGACUAGUUGUAUAUUAGCAGGCGCGGAGCCAACGGCCAGCUGCUCUGACAGUGUUAAAAUUUGUUUCUGUCCAGCAAUAGAUAUUUUUUUGUGACUCAUUA